GUUAACACGCAAAAAGUUUAUCCCCAGACAAAUUUAAUAACAUUUAAUUGAAAGCGUCAGAACGAAAACAAAUUAAACAUCCCACAGCCAAAAACUACACAAAAAUUGAGUCAAAACAAAUCAACGAAAUAGAUUUUGGCACAGUAUGAGCCAAAGUUUUGAUAGUUCACAUGGAGGAGGAGGACCUGGAGUUGGUUAUCCAGAGCGUCAGUCCUCGGAGGAUGUGCCCGAAUCUACAGCCACAGCAACGACAAGAACAGGAACACCAACAACAACAGCCGGAGAUGCCCGACAAGGAGCCGGAGGAGAGGAUGAUUUCACCGAUGACAACAAUUUCGAAUCGAAUUUGCGACGUCGCAAAGGCAAAAUAAUAUCCUGUGCCAAGGAGACCAUCGAGAAUGCUUCCCGCCAUAUACGCCGCAAAGUGCCGUACGCUGGUCAUUUGAUGACGCCGCGCCGGCUCUGGCUGAAUAAAAUCCCAACACAAUGUGACGUGGUCAUUGAAUUUCCCGAGGAUGCCCCGGACGAGGCACUGCGAUGGCUUCUGGCCCGCAUACGCUCCCAACCGCCUGCGGGUCUGGGCCUCCUGGUACAGGUCAAGGCGCAUGAGAGCACGCGACGGAAUGCCUUCUAUGUCAGCGCCCCCGUGAAUGUUCUUUUUAAAGCCGCCGAAGAGGCCCGCCUGCCCAAGCGUCUGCGUCCGGAUCUGGGCGGUGCCCUGAGGGAGUUUACUACCCGCGAGAGCCAUUGCUUCCAGCAGUUGAGGGGUGAUGUGGCCAGCACCGCGCUGUUCACCUCCCAGGAGCGUCAGUGGCUGGUGUUGCAGGUGCUGCAGGGCCUGCGUGCCGGCUGCAGUGACAUCGAUGCACUGCACGGACGGGCAGCCGUGGCCGAGGGCCAGAGCAUUGUUGCCGCCUGGCAGGAGUCGGGUCUAAUUACACAGGUCUUUCCGCUGCACGAACCACGUUCCUUGACACAGCUUCAGACCCACUGGGUCAAGCAGAUAUUUGCACCGCAACCUUUGGAUGACAUUGCUGCUUAUUUUGGGGUGAAGGUUGCCCUGUACUUUGCCUGGUUGGGUCAUUACACCUGCGCCUUGGGUGUACCGGCUGUUUUUGGCACAAUUCUUUACUGCAUUCUCUGGGGCAAAGGUCAGACCGCCCAGGACAUGGGUCACGUGCUCUUCUCUCUGUUCAAUGUGGCCUGGGCCUCACUGUAUCUGGAGGCCUGGAAGAGGUACUCUGUGGAGUUGGCCUUUCGCUGGGGCACUCUAUCAACUCCCCCCGAGUUACUCGAGCCACCUAGGCCUCUCUAUAAGGGCCCCUUGGAGGAGAACAAUGUCACAGGUCGCCUAGAGCCCAAAGAGGCGCCCGCCUGGCAACGUCGCGCCUUUCGCUAUCUGGUUAGCUUCCCCAUCAUAGGAUGCUGUCUCUGUAUGGUCUUUGCUGUGAUGUUUCUCAUGUUGCGCUUUCAGGACUGGUGGGACUCCAAGCUGCCGGAGGAUAGUGUCCUGUGCUGUCUCAGUGUCAUACCCAAGGUUCUUUUGGCAGGAGCCAUUACCCUCAUGGAUGAGGCUUACUUUAAGCUGGCUGUGUGGCUGAAUGAUAAGGAAAACUAUCGCCUGCAAUCGAAAUAUGAGAAUCAUUUGAUAGCCAAAGUGGCGCUCUUCCAGUUUGUCAACUCCUUUCUAUCGCUCUUCUAUAUAGCCUUCUAUUUGCGAGAUGAAGAGAAGCUCAAAGAGCAACUGGCUGGUCUACUCAUCUCGCGUCAAAUAAUUGGAAAUCUACGGGAAUCGGCCAUUCCCUAUUUCGUGGAGCAAUGGAAAUUGGCCAAAUUGAGCUUCAACAUGUGGGGUGCCUUGAGUCCCACGCAGAAUGUGACACGGAGUCUGGCCGAGGAAUUGGCCACAGCCGAGGCCGAGCUUAAGGCCGAGGCAGCUGGCACGCCCACAAAAAGCCAUCAGCAAAGCCAAGAAGCAAGUAAAAGGAAUAUUGGUCAGGCCGAGAUUGAGAGUUCGUUGUAUAAAUACGAUGGCACCUUUUCCGAUCAUCUCGAGAUGCUGGUGCAGAUGGGUUAUGUGGUGCUCUUUUCGGCUGCUUUUCCCUUGGCCGGCAUCUGUGCUCUGAUUAACAACCUCAUGGAGAUACGGUCGGAUGCGUUUAAGCUUGCACAUGUGCAUCAGCGUCCGUUUGGACAGCGUGUGGCAAAUAUUGGCACCUGGCAGAAUGCUUUGAGUAUUCUCUCCCUGGCAGCGGUCAUUGUGAAUUGUGCUCUGAUUGGGCUCUCUGGUCAGGUGUCGAGGCUAUGGCCAGGACUAACCACAGCUCAGACAAUUAUACUGAUUGUUACCCUCGAACACAUCAUGUUGGGUCUGCGGCAGGCACUCACCUGGCUGUUGCCCGAGUUGCCUUCCUGGCUGGCAGCGGAAAUAGCCCGAGCCGAGCAUUGCCGACGGGAAAUGCAAUGCAAGGGCACCUCACCACGUCCCACCCCGCCGACACCGCAAUCGACCACCUCUACGCAACCGGAACAUGACGGCUCCGGCGGGAUGUUGCAAAUGGAGAGCGGCGCCAACACCACACACGAUCAGUCCAUGGAGAGUCAGGUGGCCGAGGAUUUGCUGCUCUAUGGCCACGAGUUCUCGGCCUCCGGUUAUGGGCGCAACAUCGAGGCGGAUGUCAAUAUUUAUGAGAACCGUGAUUCAUCGCCGGAUUCCCCACCCUCCCAGACCAGCACCAUACUCAUUAGACCGCUGCACGAGUCGACACCACCGCAUGGAGGCGCCUCCCUAUCCAGUCUGCAUCAUGAUGGGAAUGGAGGAGCUUGUAAAAGUUGUGUUAGAAAAUCUCAGCACUUUAUACCGGAAAUACCACCAUUUCUUGGAUAUUCUGUUCGAAAUCUAAGCGUAUUGACCAAACAACAGCAACAAAUCGGAGCUUCCGCCAGCACGCUAGCCCUGAACUCCGCCGCGUAUGCAGCCCGGAUGCAACCAAUGCAUUUGCCAGAAAUACCGCCGUUCCGUAAGAAAUCUAGCGACUCUGCCGAUCAUACUGGCAGCAGCAACAGCAGCAGUCCGCAGCGUGCCACGAUGCGGCAACUAUCAGCGCAAUAUCAACCACAACAACAACUGCAGCAGCAACAUCAACAGAGGAUCUCGGAGAUACCACCGUUUAAGACGCGCAAAAUAUCUGCGGAGAGUGCCACGCAUUUGAACAUGAGUGACAAGCUACACAUAAAACUCCAUGCACCCGAAUGGAUGUCACGCUUAAAAGUCAACGACAAUCCGAAUCUGCAUAGAAGCAUAGAUUGUAUUGCCAAGGAACUAGGAAACAAUGCCGAAACCUCGGAUGUUUUAAAGCCCGCCCCAUCCUGGAGCAAUGUGGCCCUGAAGACGGGAGCUCCUGGCAGUAUGUUGGCCACCCCACCAGCCUCGCAGCAACAACAGCAUAUAGUGGCAUCAUCCUCCUCAUCGUCGGGCGGCGGUGGCAGCGUUUUCAGUCCCAGUGGGCCCGGACCUGGUGGAGCCGCGGGCAGCAUCAGCAAUUCCCAGUCAAGGCCCAGUGUGGGUGCCCUAUCAAAUUCCUCAUCCAGCUCAUCCCAUAAGCAGCAGAAGAAACUGGAAAAGGAGGAGAAGGAGAGAGAAAAGAAGGAGGAGAAGGAGCGAGAAAAGGAGAGGAAAGAGGAGAAAGAAAAGGAGAGAAAAGAGGAGAAAGAAAAGGAGAAGCAAAAGGAGAAGGAAAGGGAAAAGGAGAAGGAAAGAGAGAAGGAGAAGGAAAAAGAAGAGGCAGCCGCAGCCUCCACAUCAGCGGGCGCUGUAGAUGAUGAAGCCAAGGCCGCUGAAUUGGCGGCCAAGAAAUCGCGCCUCAAGCAAAAGCUGGUGAAAAGUGCGAGAUCUGUGGCUAUAUUCUCGCUAAAACUGAAGGAACGAAGACAAAGGGAGGCUGAAAAGGCAGCCACCAUAGCCGUAGAGCAUGCCAAGGCUCUGGCUAAGCUGCCGAUUCCCCAGGCAGUGGGAGGUGAACUCUCUCUUAUACCCAUCGAACAAUUGAUUCAAAUUGAGGAUCUCCAACCUGCGAUCAAGCCUGCAACAGCAAACGUAUCUACAACGACAGCACCCACAUCGACAUCGAGCCAGGCAGGCACAUCGAUGCAGCAUCACUAUCAAUAUCAACAGCAGCAGUAUCAUCAUCCACAUCCGCACACAGAUGACUAGGCUUCUCAAAAGUAGAGAUUGAUUAGCAGCCACACACAAACACGCACUUUGUAAAUAGUUUUCUAUGCACCCACUCUCUCCAUCUACUUAGCUGAGUUUUAGUCAAAGUUACCGAUGAUACUCGUAUGUGAGCAAAUUUGCUGAAUGUGUGUCUUGUCCAGAGUUGGAAGCAACUAAUUAACUAAACCUAGUAGUAGAAAGCAAAAGAAAUCUAUCUAAAGCUAUCAACAGAAAGCGAAGAUGUUGAAGGAAAUCCAUUUCUAUAUCAAUUUUGUGUGGAAUUGCUAACUGAAUGGAUCUCUAAACACAAUGCCAUAGUAUUUUGCACCCACUGUAAUCGAAAUCGCAGAAAUCUUAGCCAAAAAAAAAAAGCAAACAAAUACCAAACAUAUUUGAAGAAGAA